AUGAUUAUAAAUGAACUACCACCGCAAAGUAGACUGGACAAUCGAAUAAUAUAUGGCUUGUGGUUUAGAAAAUCUAAACCAUUGAGACUAACUCAAUUCAAUGGUUUCUACGGUUGUAAUUGGUGUUUAUAUCCCGGCGAGAGUAUAUCCGGCACAGUGAAAUAUACUUUACAACAUCAGGAAUUGCAGGAAAGGAACAAUUUGGAACAUAUACAAAACAUGCAAUUUGUAGCUUAUCUUCCAAGACCAAUAACUGAACGACAUUAUUUGAAAGCUCGCGAAUGGGAAAACUGGGUACUAUUUUAUAGUUGUCCGCUAUUACAUGGAAAUCUCGAACAAAAAUUGAUUAAUCAUUGGUCUUUAUUCGUUCAUGCAUUGCACAUUUUGCUGUCGGAUACUAUUAUUUUAGUUGAUUUAUGA